AGACAACAAUAACGUUCCUCCAUGAACCACGAUUAUUGACAAAAUAUUCGAGGUAGAAAGCCAUCGUUCUUCUUAUUCGAAAGGUGAAACUGUGUUGUGAAAUUGGGUAUUCUACAGGUACAAUACGGCAGACAAUACUCUGCGACCCGUUACUUCUGAAUCUUGAGCAACACUCGCCAAUAUAACCUUGACCACCGAAUUCAUUGCCCACUGUUCAGGAGUAAAUAAUCAUGCCAACGACACUAGCCAAAGUGUGCAUUUUUCUCGUCUUGCCCAUAGGCGCUGGGAUCUUGGGAUUGUAUUCCGCGUAUCUGAAACAAUUCAGUGAACCUGAUAGAAAAUUGACGAUCGAAGCUGAUUUUGGGCUUCCAUUCAUGCUUACGCUUCUGCUCGUUGUGGUAGUCGGCUUUCAAACGAACGGAUACAACACGUCGAAAGUGAAUCCAUUGAUUCGUUGGCCAAAGGUGAAGAGAACACGGAAAUUCAUUCACAAACACGUUGUAAAGGGGCAAGACGAUGACGAUGAAAAAGAUGCAGAAUUGAAGAAGAAUGAAUAGAAUGACGUUUUAAAAAUACGAUUCUUGAUCGGCAUGGUUACUUUAUUUGUGUUGGCAAGCAUGUGGCCGUAAGCCUUUUUUCAGUUGCAGUCCGAAGUUUAUGAAUUCCUUCCCAACAAAAUCAGCGGCAACCAUCUUAGGUCAGACUGCAGCCUUUUACUUUAUUCUAGUAUCAAGUCAGCUCCAGCUUCUUCGUGUUUGUGCAUGAAUUCCUUUACUCCACCACAACUUUCGACUUCUUCUUCGUCCCAUCCCAUAGCAUCGCACACUUCCGAUAAAGUAUUCGCGAAUACAAAUUUCUGUUGUGUGUUUUCGUUCACAAAUUUCAACACAUGCCGGAUGGUGGUUGCCAAAACAGUAGAGACUGGAUGCAUUACCAUUACGCCAAGGCAUUCUGGAUAGUUUGCCUCAAAUAUUUCGUAAAUUUUCCGAAUGAGCUCCGCGCGGAACCCACUAGAUACGCUUACAUCAGUCAUGUCGAUAAAUUGAUUUAUCUGAGGUCUUCGAGGGUCUUUUGAACGAGCCAACAUCAUUUCGGUGUAGAUUACGAAAGCUUUGCAUACAUCAUCGAAAGAAAUAGUUUCGAUGGAUUGGAGUUUAGCAAAGUUGACGUAUACCGCAGGAGGUACAUCGCGAUUUUGGUUGACAUCCACCUCUGCCACAGCUUUAAGCCUCAGAACCUCUUGUAGUCCGUCUCUGGUCAAGUCCAUUGGCAAAUUUUGCGUCUUCCAAUUCUCGUGAUCUUGAAGCAUUUUCAUUGCAGCGGGAACGUCACCAUCACGAGCUUUAAGGAAUCGUGGCCAAGAAUUAACUUUUGCAUCCCAUGUAUAUCUGCAUGCAAUGAAGCAAAUCAUGGGUUGAGUUGGUAGGAUAAAGAGGACAAACAUAUGUCAUUGCCAUUCACAUGUUGCACAGGAACAAGAUUUAUAACAACACAUGAAGCAAUUUUCUGACAACUGAACUAAUUUUUGGUAUUUUUCACCAGCAAAAGCAACAACAUACCUUUCCAAACUCAAAACAAGUGGAGGACUUCCAGCAGAUUUGAUGGUCUUGAUUUUUGUCAACAGCGCAUCAUAAGCCUCCCCGCGUCCAAGGUGCAAUACGUUGUUGUCGUUUGGGAUAUGGCAAUCCUUUGAAAGGUUCACAACUUCACUUUCGUCGAAAUCAGAAGCAAAGCGACGAAAACCAGAACCAUUGACCGCAACAAUAAUGUCUCCAACCUCAACUCCAGAUUUCCGAGCCACAGUGUCCCCCUCUAGUAAUCGUCCGAUCUGAGCAAACCCUGGAGAAAACAUUUCGGCUGGCUCUCCCUAAGCGAUGUGGUGCAUGUCGUGAGUGCAAAUAUGUUCAGAAUUGAAGAGGCGUGUCUCAACGCUCAAAACAAAUUACUAUUUGGUGGAGGCGAUUACGAUUGUUAAGAAUACUAACCUUGUCGGAGUUGAUCAAUUGCGCUCCAAGGGACCCCUGAGGGUCGUCUUCAAAAGAUAUCGUCAACAGCUGGGGUUUUUCAUUUGAUUUUGGUACGAAUAAAGGAUUCGGCAUGGUCGUUUUUUAUCUUGGUUAUUUUACUAUACGUAUCUCUCUGGUUUCGAUUGUUGGUCGCUGUCUCUAAUCGAAUACGAGCCAGAAUUUGGUUUAGUCAAGACUUGUCGGCUUUCUAUCGUAACA